UGUUUCCAUGGUACCAGGUAAUCCAGAUUCUAUUACUCAUGCUUUCGCAGCUGAAGAAAAGAAAGCCAAAGAACUGAUGAAGAAGUAUGUAGCGGAUUGUAAAAAGCUUGGACUACAUGAUGUAGAUUUAGUGAAAGUAAUCGGUGAACCAGGAGAUGGGAUCAUAAAGGCUGCUGAAGAAAAGAAAGCGGACAUGAUUAUCACAGGCUGUCGGGGUUUAGGACAGAUCAGAAGAACAAUGGUCGGCAGUGUCAGCGACUAUAUAUUACACCAUUCGCAUGUACCUGUCUUUGUUUGUAGACAUUAACACUGCUAAAACAUACAUUUCUUAUCUCAAAAUACAGGAAGAUUGAUAUUAGGUCAAUACUAUUAUGAAAAUAUGUCAUAAAUGUGUUGCCAAGUAAUUGGACCAAACAUAUAUAUUCUUAUCGUCAGUUUUGACGAUAUUUAUACUGAUGUAUUAGAGUAAGAUGCCAUAAAUAUGCUCGUUUAAUAAGAUAUUAACUAUUUCUGAUUUGCAAGUUUUUAAAAAUAAAUACAUACAUUCAAAUCAGUUCGUUAUAUUGUUAACAGAAUAAAUUGUUCAACAUGCACUA